UUGGCCCCAACUUAGGUGAAGCCUACAGUGGUGGCGUAAAACCCUCAUGUUUGUUUGUGUCUUGGUUGCUGCAAUGGCAUUGGCAGCUCCAAUGGCUGAAGCUCAACUCGGUGGACUCGUUAGCGGCCUCCUUGGCUUGAUUAAGAUCCAAGGGACUCUCUUUUGCUCUCUCGAUGGCAACAUGGGUGCAAACGGCACCGCAACCCCAGUUUUCCCUAGUGCAUUGGUGCAACUUCAGUGCGGUGGAAUCGUGGUGUCGAGUUCAACAACAAAUGGAAAUGGCAUAUUUUCCAUCUUAUUGGAUCCAUUGCAGUUUCUUGUCCCUUCACUGCUCAACAAUUGCAACUUAGCCGUCAAGACUCCACUCUCCAACUGCAAUGCCUCGCUCCCAUCGGUCGGGGGAUUGUUUUCGAACUUACAACUCGUCGGAAACACCCUUAUAGGACUCUUGAACAUCACCAACAUCGUUCCAGUCGGAUUUGGGCUUUUACGACCAUAACCGAACUUGAAAACAAGAAGGAGAACAUCAAUUGAACUAGUGAUAAAUAAGAUGAUGGUUUCUCAAAUGUUAAUGCCCCCCGUAAGGUCGCUCUUUAUCAUAUGAUUAUUGUUGGCAUAUAAUUGGUUUAUGAUAUAGUAUUGUAGUUGUAAAAUGU